AUGGCCGAUGUCUUUUACGGAACAGGAUGGAGACACAAACUUGUUCUGGUCAUAGGGGAUUCACAUUUAAGGAGUUUCGUAGAGGCAGUUGUGGCAGUUCCAGAAGACCACAUUUCUUUAGGAUAUAGUUGCACCCCUGGUGCCACAGCUGAAGAACUCAGGCAAGAGAUACUGGGGGAAAACAUCCCUCUGUCCCCAGACCUUGUAGUUCUCCUCGCUCCAAGCAACAACCUCACUGCUAACAUGACUACCACAGAAGCUGGGAAAGAUUUCACCCAUCUAAUGGCAGCAGUACUACACCGUUGGGAAAAUGUAAUAGUGCUGGACUUCCCACCACGUCUAAAUGAAGAUAUUCAGUAUCAAGGACACCUAAGAAAUGAAUAUCAUCGUGCUGCUGCAAGAAUGGGGUUAAAGUAUCUGUCAGUAGUGCAUCACUUCCCUCUAAAACAUUCAAAGCUCUGGUGUAAAGAUGGCGUCCACCUGAGUGACGACUUUGGAACACCCAUUCUGGCUGAUCUUCUGUGGGCGUCAGCAUAUUUGGAGUUGAACACUACAAGAGAAUUUAUGUCCCGAAGUCUUUCCUACAGACCUCCAGUGUUCAAUCCAGUCAUUGCAGAGCGUGUGAGACAGACCUUUCCUCCAAAGGAAGGGAACGAUUCACAAAAAAGGCAUUGA